CUUAAGAUACUUUCUGGUACAGGAUGUUAGGGGGGUUAUUCCCAUGACCUCCACGUUCAUCCACUCUUUCACUCAUUUCCAGCACAAACCACAUCUAAUCGGAACACUAUAUAAAGGCAAGCGUGACCCUCAGAAGCUCUCACACUGUUGAAAAGCAUUACCUAGAUUUUAUUUGUUUGAAAGCAUCCAUGGAGUUCCGCAGUCUAUCCCAGCUCAACCUGCAUGAAGACAACGCCGCUGUCUGUGUCAGGAUCCUUCGAUUACGGAGGACAAUGAAGCCAGAUGCCGUGCAGAUUCACCAAGAUUUACAAGUCUUAACGUUAGAUGCUAUAGCGUCAAUCAUACAGCAUAAAACAGUGAACUGAAACGCCCUAUGUUUUGUAGGGAAUAGAGAUGCAGGGCUUAGUUAGCUCAGUUCAUGUACCAGAGUUUCAGCCCAUUCUUCAGGCCGGAAGGAUUUACGUCUUCAGAAACUUUGUGGUUCGUUCCUAUCAUGGUCACUGUAUGGUUUCGCCUUCUACCCGCCGAAUCUGCUUUGGUGAUGAUACAUUGGUUGAGGAAGUGGCGAAUGCGCAUGAUAUACCGACGUAUAAUUUCCGUUUUUUGGCUGCCGCGGAUCUACCGCAAGCUGUCCACAACCAUGCCUAUAUGUCUGAUAUAAUCGGUGAGGUUGUAGCAGCCGGACCAGAACAAGCACUAUUCGAGGAUGUUGCUGUUCUAAGGCGAAAAACUGUUGACCUCAGAUUGCUAGAGGGUGACAUAGUGGAAGUCAUCUUAUGGGAUGGUCUGAUUGAUCAAUUCCAAGAAUUGAUGCCUCAUCACCCGGACCCUGGAACCACAGUUGUGUUCACCUCUGUGGUAGUUCAGCAUUUCAAUGGUAUUAGUCUUUCUUUUUGUUUUAAGCUCUUGUGACGUAUUGUUUUAAAGCUACUCCUAUUGCUGAACUGUUGUAUGCGUUGACUGUAGGUCAACACUACUGUGUUGGAUCAAAUGCCACCAAACUCUACUGCAAUUUGCACUAUCCUCACCAACACCCUUUGCUGAAUAAGUAAGUUUACAGCAGAACAGAAAUACGUGGAAUUUGUAAACUGAACUUGCACUUAUCAUGUGACUAAAGCAUUCCUAUUGAAUAACAGUAUAGAAAAUGCUUUCCUGGCUAUUGACUAUACUUUGGAGGAAGCCAUAGGGAUGAGUAUCAUCUCUUCAAUUCCUGAGCUGAACAUGUAUAAGACUGACAUCAAUAACCAGGUAACGUAUUUCCACAAUCGGCUGGACAGUAAUCACCAAUUCGAUUUAUAUAUGUGCUUUGUUUUAACAACCAACAAAAGAGUAAAGUUUCACCCAAACAAUGGUUAUUCCAAUCUUUUUUCUUCAUUACAUUGCAGGACAUUUACUUUAUUGUUGAUGCCCAAGUGAAAGAUGUGAAUAUCUUCUGGUCCCCCUCAAGGCUCAAGUUUCUGGUGCAGUUGAAUAUUCGUAAAGGAUCUGAUGAAGCUGUUGUUAUGUUUACGACAAGCAAGUUACGCUAGAUUGCAAGUCGUAUUAUUGAGGGAACAGACAGAGAAUGGACCCAGAACUUCAGCAUUCUCUUGGAUUCGUUAAGGGGUCAAUCAUUCAAGCUGAUGGUCGAACUGGGUGGUUUCAACCAGUUGACAAAUGAAUUUGAUGUAGUCCUGCGCAAGUUGUUCUGGUAGAUAAUGUUUCAUCAAGGGAUUAGUGGUUUAUGGGGACGUGAAUGUGUUCAUAUCUGUUUCUUUCUUUAUUAGCUGAACAUUAGGACCAGCAAGUGUUAAUUAGCUGGUCAGUCUAUUUUCUGUCAUGUUUCUGUUUUCUAAGUACUGAUCAUGUUUCUUAAAGUUCAGUUAAUGAAAUAUAUUUCCUUAAAUUUGGUUUCUUAAUUUCAAUUUUGUGUAUUUUCAAUUGAAGGAUUUUACCUACUUAUAAUCUAGAGCACAUCACUCUGUUAAUAGACAGACUCCAGCACUUAAAUAAAACCGAGGGAGUUUGGUACUUACAUAGCAGGGUCCAAGAAGUCAGUUGUUCCAAAGAGUUUGAGCUAGGAUGCUUUGGAAUCCUUCUCUCGCCAUAGAGACAUGUAUAUCUCCUAACUGUAAAUGGGAUUUGGGAAUGUUGAUGUGCACUUAAACUUCAUGUGGCUUUAGGUGUGUCGAAGAAUUCCUGGUAAUCAUGCAUUACAACUCACAAGUCAUUUCCUAAAGGUUGUUCCAAUGAAUCCAAGAAACAGAAUGUUGUAAGCAACAUAAUUGAACUUACCUCAUUCUAUUUAACGGCUGUCGGUUCGUUAUUGGUAGCCUUCUCUGGACCCUCACUUUCAAACAAGAGAGAACCAGUCCCUUGCCUUCUACCGCGAUCAUGAAACAAGUGCUCUUCUUCAUCGAUCAUCCUAUGAUUUUUUUUAAAUAAACACUCAUUAUGAUAUAAUUACAUAGUAAGGAGCGAGUUUCAGAUCACCUGUUUAUCAAAUCCAACCGAAGCGCAAUAAGUCAAACUUUCAAAUUUUAGGUAAUUGAGUGAAUCAAUUGAUAAGUUAUAC